UUUCCGGGUAGCGUUGGGUUGUCAUAGCUCUUAGCUUGCAUGCAAAAGUUAUCGAAGUACAAUCCCUCAUUGGCGUUUUUAACAGCAUAUGCUCGAGGAACACAUGACAAGGGAACCAUGAAGGAUGGGAAAGAUCCAAAUGACACCGAAUGGUUGAUUUAUUAAAAAGAGCUGAGACUAAGAUAUUCAAAAACAGAAUGUCAACAACACGGCCCCUCCUCGGUAUGAAGCGAAUCACCGAGGUAACCUGUUCGGAACCGCCGGGAAAUGGGCUGUCAUCCUGCGCUAGCCACCAACAGCGAGAGACCGUGGACGAGUUUACGGUCCAUGAAGACAAGCAAGAAGAGCUUAAAUGUGCCAAGGCCAGAGUAGAAAAGGUUUUUAAGGUAGCUUUCACUAUUAUCGGCCUUUUGGAUCACACUGGAGCCCACGGUAGUAAAGCAUCACGGCAGAUCUGGCUUCAGCUAAAAGGAAAGAGUGACGAUGUAUCGAAAGCAAAGGAGUAUCUGAAGGGACUGUGUGAUCCUGAACUGCAGGAAGAUGAGCGAUACCCGGUAGACAUGCAUUGCAUCUUUGCCGGUGCCCGCGGCCUAUUCUUGGACCGCCUAUUGAGAGACACCAGCGCAGAGGUUUUGGUCCUGGAGCCGGGCCUGCUGCGGCUGGUAGGCCGGGCCGAGCCUGUUGUCAUGGCGCAGAGCCGCGUGCAGCAGUUUGUGGCCCUAUUCCAGGAGAAGCGAAGUCUGCCCGGCGACAGGGAGCCUGCAGUGAAGAGAAGCUUCAAGGCGUUUGUGGAGGAAAGAGACGACAAGUACACCAUGGAGCUGCUGCUGCUGCCCAGUGCUCUGAAGGAAGAGCUGCUGGGACUGGCCAGCAGCCUCACGCAGACCCAUCCCCAGACGCAAAGCCCCAUCCCUGGGGGGGCGGACUCAGACCAGGACCGUUCGCAGAACAGCACGCCCGUCACGGAACUCUCCAACCGCAUCCUGGACACCAGCUUCGAUGAGAGCCCCCAGGUUGGGGCGGUGGCCAUGGGGAGGGGUGGGACUGAAGCUGAGGGGAGGAGCGGCGCCAGGAGCGGGGCAGGCUCUGGCUCGGGGCUGGACACGGUCUUCCUGAACGGACGUCCCUCCCACAAGCGUCGCUCAUCAGAGAGCGAGCUGAGAGACACUAAGAGGCAGUACUCCCUGGAGAGGAGGGAAGAGUCCCUGGAGAGGGAGAGGCGCACCGGGGGUCACGGCGGCCAGGACGGCCAGUCUAAGACGCCUUCCGCCCCGUCGUCCACCGGCAGGGCCAGCUGCAGCCCCCUGGGCCCCCCUAUCAUGCUGGACAGCGACGUGUCGGACGAGGGCGAGGCGGUGAGCCCCGAGACCAACCUGCGUUGUCUGGUCAACUUCUUCCGGACCAUGGGCUACCAGCAGGAGGUGGUGGAGCGCGUGGUGAGGAGGACUGGCCAGACGGAGGACACCUUCCUGCUGCUGGAGCGCAUCGUGGAGGAGAGCCGGAGGGCGGAGGCCCAGGGUGGGGUGAGAGACAGGGAGGCCGACAGGGGAGGCGGGGGGGCCUCACCACGCACUACAGAGACGUCCUUCGCGCCCUCCUCCGCCCCUUUCUCCUCGACGCUCCCGAGCAGCAGGGAGAAGGAGCGGGGCCCAACCAGAAGCCUGGCAGACGUCCGUGCCAAGGAGAACAUCAAGCCCUUGGGCAGCAGCUGCAGUAACGGCGUGGCCCAGCGGGGGCACAGUUGCGCUGUGAGGAGCAGCAGUGCCCAGGGCCGAGCCAACGAUGUUAUCACCAUCGACGACGAGGACGCAGGCGAUGAGAACAUCCCCAAAAUGGUGGACCACCUCAACAACCAAUCCGGGUCCAGGAUGGACUACCCGUCUAGGAGUGGAGGCCAGCUGGACUACCUAUCCCGGGGCGGGUCUCAGACACUGGGGGCGGUUCGUGUGGAGAGUGUAACGGCUCUGCGCAGCGCUCCGCAGUGGUUGACCCAGACCACAGAACCUCGGCCAGGCUGCUCCUACCAGACCCUGGCCACCUCCAGACUGGAGCCCCCAGCCCCCCAGCCAGCACCCCCUGUCACAGGGAUGACUCGCUUCCAGCAGUCCCUGAAGACUCCUUAUACCCUGACCCUGGCCAACCAGCCUGGCAGGCCUGACCUCAGACACAUCGUUAUAGACGGCAGCAACGUGGCCAUGGCCCAUGGCCUCCACCGGUUUUUCUCCUGCCGAGGCAUCGCCAUCGCCGUGGAGGCAUUCUGGAGGCGGGGCCACCGAGAGAUCACCGUCUUUGUCCCCCAAUGGCGGCAGAAGAAGGACCGCUGCACCACAGAGCAACACUUCCUAAACCAGUUGGAGGACCUCAGACUACUGUCAUUCACCCCCUCCAGAGAGGUUUGUGGUCAGAGAAUCUCCUCCCAUGAUGACAGGUUCCUUCUGCACCUGGCAGAGAAGACGGGCGGGGUCAUCGUAACCAAUGACAACCUGCGGGACUUUGUCAACACCUCAGAGGCAUGGAGGAGGAUCAUCCAGACAAGGCUGCUGCAGUUCACCUUUGUUGAAGACAUCUUCAUGAUCCCUGACGACCCCCUGGGCAAGCAUGGACCUCACUUGGAGGUCUUCCUACGCAAGGACAACAGGAGGAGUCCUGUGACACCCCCUCCUCAUCGGCCAGACUUCCGGCCCGUCCCCCCGGUCUACGUCCAAGCCGUCCAGUCUUCCCCUCGUCCCCCAGCGACCCCCGAGCCGCAACCUCCCUCCCACCACUCGGUCUCCUAUCCCCCGUCCACCCCCCAGCCUCGGGCCCACCCUCACUGGCCCCACUCCGGGCCCCCCGGCUGGCAUCCUCCUCGAUCGUCGUCCUCCCCCCCGCCCCAGCGCUCCCCGGGGGAGACCAUGGAGCUGAAGAGGAAGCUGUAUGACAUCUUCCCUGACCAGAAGCAACGCAUCGACAGGAUCCUAACAGACAACCCUUACAUGAGGGACUUGAACGCACUGUCGGGACUGCUGCUGGGAUGAAGUGACACACACACACACACGCGGAUGGCUGUUAAUCGACAAAAGAGACAAAGGGAGAGGACAUUGUGCUUUUUGGAGUUUUCGUUGUUUUUGAUUAAAGACAAAAUAAGAGGCAUCCGUUCAAUUACUUUGUUUAGAAGGAAUCAUUCAUGCUGUCAGAUCCUCCUUUAUCCUAUUCCCUAAAGAUCAACACUAGUGUGAAUUGAACAUUAUCAGCCACAAGCACAAACUGCACUUCUCACAGGUCUCACUUUAUUUGGCAUAUUGAGAAAAAAUAUAUAUUGCUUGACCUCGGAAGACCACAAGCUGUCCAGAGGGCACAUUUGAUAUGCACUUGUUUUUUGAUGAACAUAAUCCUUUCCCCUCUAAUUAGCUGUGCACAAAGUCUCUAAAUUUUCUGAUGGAAAUGCCUGUUGCUAAAGGAAAUUCCCUUGGCUUUCUUGUUGUAUUAUAUUUACAGUUUUUAUUCAAUGGUUUGGGUUUUUUGUAAAUACUGUGAAGGUUUUUGGCCAUUGUUCAAAUAUGUUAUUUUUGGUGAACAAUCACAUCAGUCUGUAUAGGGGUAUUUGUUGUGCAUGAUGGAUAUACAUGACUUUGUUAUUACCUGCCUGCCUUUUUAUUCCAGUGUGUGAAAUGUACACAUUUACCAACAGUUACACAACAUUCUCUACUAGCUAUAGCACAUACACACAGUAUGUCAAGUACACUAAGACUUUAAAGUGGGAUUAUCUAUUGAUCGUGUUGGAUUCCAGAUUAUUUUGUACACUGAUUUGUCAUAGUACAUUACUAUGGAGUUGACCUAAUGUUGAGUGUGUCCUCUGCUGCCUGACAGCCCUUGAGACUCCCCAGUGAUUCAGAGUCCAAUUUUAAAAUGCCAAGACCUAACUAUCCAUUGUUACUCAACUAGCUGCUGGAACAAUUUGUACUGUCUCUUGUGCAAUGCAAUCUCUCUUUUAUGCACAUAUGGCAUAAACAGCCAACUCAUGGUUGGUCAAUUGAACCAGCAUGGCCACUAGAGGGCAGUAUAAACCAAGCUACUCUAACCCGACACAGCGUGAUUGAUUGGACCCCCUUUCGUCUUCAGAACUGCCUUCAUUUAGGCUAUUUAAUACAAUUAAACUGCACAGAGAAUCGCCGUUUAGGUAUUUUUGUAAACAACCAAUAUAACAUUUUUUUGCUCUGAUUGGUUUUAUGUAUCCAAUUUUAUCCUUCAAGAGGCAUUUUAGUCUCCUCUGCACCUGUUGAUAAUGCCCCUUUAUUUGGAAAUGGAGAAUUAGGUUAACUCAAUGUCAAACUCAUUGCUUUUGCGAAUUUGUCUGACGAUCAGGCUUGGUCAAGAUGAUCUGCUGGAGUUCAAACCAAGAAUCAGAAUGAGGAAGAAAGGUGAUAUAAAUUACUUUGAGCGUGGCUAUUGGUGUUGGUGCGAAAUGUACUGGCUUGAGUGUUAGAAACCGCUGAUCUACUGUAGCCAUCAUCGCCACCAGACCAAUUUGAUUAGAUGUUUGCGUUAAUGCGCAGUUGAACUAGUGUACCUAAUGAAGUUGCCGGAGAGUGUAUAUGGGGCAGAUUUCUUAGUUGUUUUUGCUAUGUAUCACACAGAGACAAAUAAACUGUACAAUUAUCGCAGACAUACAGAUUUGUAUAUUGCUCUCUGGUGAUGAGAAGUCACUGUGCUGUAUCCUUGCUGUAUAAUUCAUUCUCUUUUUGGAGAUGUGUAUCAGUCUGGUAAAUGAGUGAGGUCACGUUUCAGUUUUGGGUGCAUCUUAAUAGUCUACAGUGGUUAUCUUACCUCCCAUUUCCUGUCUUUCUUUUGCACGUAUAUGACUGAUUUCAAUACGUGAAAGUGGAUGCCUAGCAGGUGUUCACUGCACUAAAACCUGUCGUGUGAUAUUUAAUCCGUUUACAUUCAGUAUAAACAAUGGGAUGUGUGUGGGAACACUUUAAAGUAUUUAGAUCCUGCCCCUCUGUCACAAAAUAGUGUCUCUUUUCUCUUAAUUUUAUGAUCAAAUGGAUGUGAUGACUGUAUGGUUUACAUGGCUUUUCUUUCCAGGUUUCUCAGAGGUGGAGAUUGAAUGGUGUACAGUUGAAUUGUGGGUAUCUCACAGUCUGCUGACUGACUGACUCACUGUCUGACUGACAGGGUGUACAUAUUUCUGCUGGCUGGUUCACGUCAAUAAAAACCAUGUGUUUGUCAUAGACAGA